UGGUUUUAGUUUUAUUCCUAUUUUCUGCAGAAAUGCAGAGCAAAAACAAAGUGGAUCAAUAUUUGUUGGACAACAACUUCUCUACAAAGCUAGAUUCCUUUUCUGUCACAGCUCUGUUGUGUGUUGUCCAGUCCUUUUACAUCUGCUGGGCAAACUGAGCAGUUCACAUCAACUGAAACCCUGUAACCCUUCAUGUGUCUACGUCUGGUCUUGCUGCUCUGAUUCACCAUUCAUGUCAGGGUGGUUAACGAUCUUUUUCCAAAGACCCAGUCACUGUUCCGAUCAUUGGGCAGGGUUUUAUAUCGAUACCGGUCUCCUCACAGAAGUUUUUACUUGUCUUUUCUGUUUUUGGGAGCGACAGCUUUAGAGGACCAAAAGCAUUUCCAUGUGUUUUUCCUUCAUUGGAGAUUCAUCUACCUGAAUAUUUAUUUUAUUUGUGCACCUUUCAAUCAAUAUAUAAAGAUAUAAUAGUUUUAUAGGUAAGUAUAUUGAAGAGGUACUGUGCAAGAAGGACAUUUAACCUACCAUCCUUCAAGUUUUUUUCUUCCUUCAAGCAAAGAAAAGGUAAGGUAAUUUGCAGCACUUUAAUUUAAUAUUCUAAAACCUCAAUGUAUAAAUGCUAACAAUUUAAAAAUGACUUUUUUGUCCACUUACCAUAUAAACAUGUGGCACUGCCAUGGUACUACUUUAAUAUUUAUGUCUAAAUGUGUAGGUAGCAUUAAUAUUCUGAUAGAACUCACAACAAAAAAACUGAGAAGUUUACUAUUAUGAAAAUGCAGAUACUGUAAUUCUUCUGCCUCAUAGUUAAUGUUACACCUUUUAUCUAAAUAUUUACAGUGACAAGGUUUCAAAGUAUUGUUGAUAGUGUAACUACUGAGCUAUUUUCUGUUGGACAUGCCUGGUAUGCAGCAACACAUGAGCAUUUCUGAAACUUAUAUCACACUAUUAAUGCAUAUUUAUUUGUUUCCUGUUAAUCAGGUUAGGGAGUUAUUGCCGCUAACAAAAUUACAAAAUCUGAAAUGAUGACCAUGUCUAAUAGGUUUUUUUUCUGCAUUUUCAAGGAAUCCCGUUGAAUGAGUUCAUUCGAAAACCUUGCCUCUAACCCUGGCGUUACGGACGUUGGAGAACCUGUUUUUAACACCACAAAAAAGAUUGCAAAUGGAUGCAAUGCUGCUGAAAUUUUCCCAGGAUUCUUCCUGAGCAACAAAGUUGCAGUCAAAAGAGUUGCAAAGCAUAUUUCUCAAAAUUAGAUUAAAAUGGCACAUGUCCUAUGUUCAGAAACAUUCAAAACAGAACAUCUUUUACAACCAAUUGCAGUGUUGGAAGAUAAUUACUUUGCUUAUUUUGUCUCCCCUCUCUGCAAAUACAGUCUGGCGGAGGUAAUUGAAAACAAGAACUUUCCUGACAGAGAAAGUUUGACUGAGGCUCAAAGACUGUGGAUCUGCCAGGAGCUACUGCAAGGACUACAAGAACUCCAUUCACGCGGGAUUUUGCACAGAGACCUGAAGCCCGAAAACAUUUUUUUUGGUAAAAAAAAGAAUAAAUCGUUUAGCCAUAGCCAUAAACUAUCUGGUAGAAUGUAUUUAUUAUCCAAUUUUUCAUUAUACAUCAUAGAAAAGACGUUAUUUUGUGGAUAUUGUAUUAAGAGGUACAUGUCUAAGGAUCAUUUUCAAUAUUUUACAGAUAUCAGCAACAAAUUGUUUAUCGCAGAUUUUGGAGCAAGCAGGAAACUGGAUUUGGCACAAUCAGCUUUGCAGUCUCAAAUGGCUGGAUCUUUGUCUUGGUCAAGUUAUGAAGAUGUUUGAGGCAUGCAAUACAAAUACAAGAAAGAGUCAGAUAUCCAGACAGCAGGGUGCCUGGUGCAUUACAUACUGACAGAUGGAGAGCACCCCUAUCAAGCAACUACACCCUACUCCAACGAUCCACUGACGUUAUUUCAAAAUCUCAGAGCGGGCACCUUUACUCUUCAGUGCGAGGAAAGGCAUCAAGGUAUCAUUGGCAGAAUGCUGUGUAAAUCGACAGAAGCACGCCCUACCAUUGAAGAAUGCCUUCAAGCCAUCACAAGUUUCACACACCAAGCUGAUCACAAGGGAGUCACAAACAACAGUAAUAACAAUGGAAAGAAAGACCAAACCCACAUAGCCAAUUGCUCUCCUCAAGCAUCAAAUGAGAUUGACACUCAACACAGUGCCAACAGUGAUCAGCCAGGGAGUGUCUGCAAUGUAGUGAUGGAUUCCUCUUCUCACAUUGAAGAUGAUACAGAAAUAGAACCACAGAUCUCCCUUUCCCUUGAUAUGUCAGAAGAAGAAGAUGAUAUUGAUGAUGAACCGACAGAAGUAGAUGAUGAAGUAGCCAAGAAAGUCAUCACAAAAAAAGCAGUUAAGACUGGGAUGAAAACGGAUGAAAAUGUCCUUGAAUGCAGUUUGAAGGGUGUCAAAGUGAAAAUGUCCUCAAACACCCCACACAAACGUGUCUAUGACAAGAAAAAUUAUUGCCUCUAUUGUGAGAAGCCUUUCAGAAAAGUUACAAGACACCUGAUGCGAAAACAUCAAGAUGAAGUUGACAUUGCAAAGGCACUUGCACACAAGCAAGGAUCCACGAUGCGCAGUCUUCUUCUGAGCAAAAUAAGGAACAAGGGAAAGUACAUACAUAACUGUUCAGUCAAAUCCGCACGUCAAGGACAAAUGGUACCAAAAAGACAAACAACCUACUUGUUGUCAGCAACAGACUUUCUGCCAUGCUAUUUUUGUUUGGCUAUGUACAUCAGAACAGAUCUCUGGAGGCAUCAAAGGCGUUGCAAAUUGAGACCAGACGGGCCAGUGAAACGAAAAGUUCAGACAUAUUAUAUUCACAGCCUUUGAAAAAAAAAUGUGUGAAAACCUCACCAGGAUAGAAGUGCGUGGGAAAAGAGGACACAAAGUACCAAUACUCCUUUCAACAGAUACAAAAGAAUCCAUAGAUCUUCUGAUCAACACUAGAGACAAUGUUGGGGUUUCUCCAAGCAACCCCUACAUUUUUGCCUGUCCUGUCAAAGAGUCUGUGGAGCCUAUUGGAUGAUCAAUGUUCAAUGUCAUUCUGGGAGCUCGCAUAUGGAGUAUCAAUGUAGAGUGUUAAUACUGAGAGUCCAGUAAAAUGGAGCUUUCAGUGUUAGACUCAUAACAUUGGUAGUCCAUGUAAAUGGAGCAUCCACUGAUGCUCCAUUUACAAUGACACUUCAUUGUUUUAAUUACCACUAACUCUUCAUUGUUUGUAUUGUGCCUUGCUUGUCAUUGUAUUAUGUCUUGCUUUUCAUUAUUUUAUUGCCUGUUGCAAUUUUUUUAUUAUGCU